AUGGCGCGCUUCCAGAUGAGUAACCUGGUCGGAGACCCGUUUGCGUUGGCGACAGUGUCGAUUGCGAUGCUCGCUUGGAUCAUCGGCUUCGUCUCCUGCAUUAUCGCUGAUAUCAAGACCGACAUUCCAAACUUCUUCUGGUGGACGGUUGCGUUCCAGUUCUGCAUCGUUACUGGAAUCGCGGCCGUCAUGGGGUCGAAUACCGCUCAUAUCUACAGCACGGCGAUUGUCGGAUACGCUGCUGCUGGCCUAGUUAGCACCACCUUCGUCGUAGACGGACUCCUCACCAGCAAAGAAGGCGCAAAACAAUCUGGUGGUGCCGGUCUCAUUCUUCUCGCCAUGACUGAUAUCGUCUGGAUCUUCUACUUCGGCUCAACCCCUCAGUCACGACCAAGAAACUACAUCGACUCCUUUGCCCCUCACAAGGAACAGCCAAACUACCGAAGCAGCAAGCCAAUCUCACACAGCUACACGCCCCGACCCGAAACCACCCUCUCCUCAUCUCACCAGCCACAAUUAUACACAUCCGCCCAACUGAACGGCUUCGAAACCUCCUCGCCCAUGACGGGAUACAACCCAACCACCGCAAGCGCAACUGGCAUCCAGCCCAUGCUUGGCUCGCAGACCAACCCAAGCACGGUCGGCGGAGAGACAUCGAACGAAGUCGGCCAGCCAACAGAAUAUCCCUACCGCGCAAAGGCGAUAUACUCAUACGAAGCCAACCCAGAUGACGCGAAUGAGAUCAGUUUCACGAAACAUGAGAUUUUGGAAGUAUCGGACGUUAGCGGACGAUGGUGGCAGGCUAAGAAGUCUACCGGCGAAACGGGAAUCGCACCAUCGAAUUAUCUGAUCCUCCUCUAA